AUGUCACGUGGCAAAGGGUCCUCUCUGGGAGCUAAGUCCUCCGCAACCUCGUCGGGUUUUUCCGACGGCGCACACAGUCAACGCUCAUCCGCUGUGUGCGCCGUUUGCCUCGGGCGUCACAAUCACCCAUUCGUCGACUGUUCUGUCGAUCGCAUCUGGGACAAUUCCCACAAGACCGUCGCGAAACGCACCAAUCGUCAACUGCUCCUCCGCAGCAACGACAAGCCACUCUGCCUCGAUUGGCAACGAGGACGUGGGUGUUCUACACGUUCCCACGACGAACGACACCUGUGCGCUGGAUGCCUCUCUGUCACCCACGGCGCUCAGUAUUGCCCUCGCACACAGGCGGUCUCACCCAGUCUGCCCUUAUAA